CCGCCGGCCGAGCAGCAGCGGCAGCAGCGCCCCGCGGCCGGCAGCGCUCCCGGGGACAGCCCCGCUCCCGGGGACAGCCGCCCGGCCGCCUGGAGAGGCCUGGCAGGCCUCUCCCUCCUUCCUCAGGGCGGCCCCGGGAUGGCGGCGUGAGGCGAGCAGCCUGCCCUCCGGAGGAGUUGCUGGAGCCUGUUCUGGAGCACAUCUGACUGCUACUGCCCACGAGGCCCCAGCCAGCCACCAUGUACUGCCUUCAGUGGUUGCUACCUGUCCUGCUCAUACCCAAGCCCCUCAACCCAGCAUUGUGGUUCAGUCACUCGAUGUUCAUGGGAUUCUACCUGCUGAGUUUUCUCCUGGAACGGAAACCUUGCACAAUUUGUGCCUUGGUCUUCCUGGCAGCUCUAUUCCUCAUCUGCUACAGCUGCUGGGGGAACUGCUUCUUGUAUCACUGCACAGGAUCCCAGUUACCGGAAUCAGCUCACGAUCCCAGCAUAGUGGGCACCUAGAAAAUCAUAAUCUUCCAGUCUGCUGAGGGCUCUUGUUUUGCUUUUUAAAAAAGGGGUGGGCC